AUGGCCACAGUACUCAGGCUUUCAAGCUUUGCAGCCCGACCGCAAAGAGAUACGCCUGCUGAAGCUCGAGACCAAGGCAGAUACACAGAAUAUGAGGUAUACAAUGCAGCCUGCAUCACUUCAGAGUGCGCCCACAUACUGCGCUGCGUCGUAUUGUUGGGGGGCGCCUGUUCCAGCCGGUGCCCAAAAGGAGAUAUUCGUUAA